AUGGAAGAGAUUGAAGACCUGCGACGUCAGCUUCGAGAGGAGCAACGCCGACGCGAAGAGGAGCAACGCCGACGCGAAGAAGCUGAAGAACUCGCCGCCUCGUCGCGGCCCCAAAUCCUUACCCAAUAUCUCGAUGCCUGCCAUUCCCUCCAGCUCGCCAUCGACGUCGUCACCGAAAAGUCCCUGACGACCCAAGGCGACACGACCAACCCGACGGGCCGCAUCUACCCCAGGCGCAUCACCCCGUGGCACGACUUUGCCGCGCGGCAGCAAGAAAUCUGGACCUUGCUCUCCGCUAGCGACUCCUUUGUCGGCAAACCCGCCCUCCCGUCGCUGCAUCAGCUGGAAUACGUCAAGUCGUUACUCCAGCCUAUUAGCAGUGAGCUUGGCCUGCGCGACUUUGAACGUGACGUGGUGGAAAACGCCGUCCAGAAGCUCGUUGACGGAGCGCAUAAGGAUCCGCUGCUGCGGCAAAGUCUUGGGCUAGCGGGCACCAUCAAGUUUGAGAGCCACACAAACCUCGCCACCGUCGAGGACGCUCUAUCCGAGCCUCUACAGAACCUGUCCCUGGGCAAUGCUCCCGUCACGCCGAGGCCAUCGCGCAGGCCUCACCGCGUGGCAAGGGGCAAGGGGAACCGGGCGGACCAGUUCUGCAUAUAUAAGACCGGCGACGGCGUCGAGGUUCCGGCGCUCGCCAUCGAGUACAAAGCGCCGCACAAGUUGACCGUCGACGAGCUCAUCACUGGCCUCAAGUUGGAGAUUCAGCCCGACCGCGACGUCAUCAACCAGGACGACCAGGAGGGCUUUGACCUUUCGGCCAGACGGCUUGCCGCUGCCGUCGUCACCCAGCUCUUUUCAUACAUGAUUGGCAAGGGUAUCCAGUACGGCUAUGUGUGUACGGGAGAGGCCUUUGUCUUUUUGCACAUUGCCGAUGACCCGUCGACCGUCUACUACUCGGUCUGUGUUCCGAUUCAAGACGUGGCAGAUGACGACGACGACGACAACGACGAUGGCACGAGACUCCAGGGCACGGCCGUGGCCCAGGUCCUGGCCUUUGUCCUCCAGGCUCUCCGCGCCCAGCAGCCGCCGGAGACGUGGCAUGACGACGCUGAGACGCUGGGCACGUGGGCCGUUGAGUUCGACGACGUCCUGAGCAGGAUCCCCCCCUCGGACCGUAAGUGCAAGACGCCCCGGGCCUCGCCCUUCAAGGCCCAGCGUUGGAAGGGCUUUCACAGGUCGCCGAUUCGGACUCGCGCCCGGUGUAAGCAACAGGGCGGCGACGGCGGCGUACAGCCCAAGGACAAGGACGACGAGUCGCCGUCGUCGUCGACACUGAAGCCGUCUUGCGCCCGGCCUAGCCCUAAAACGGCGGGAGGGGGUGGCUCGGCGAGUGGUUGGAAACAAGGAGGAGGACAGCGAGGCAAGCAGCAGCAGAAACAGCGGAAGCAGAAGCAGCAACAACAGCAAGUUCAACAGCUGCAAGAUCAGGAACAGCAGCAGCGGUCGCCCCCCGCGCCUAAGCCCAACAUCAAAACCCGCCCAUUCUGCACCCAGGCCUGUCUCCUCGGCCUGGCCCACGGCGGGCCCAUCGACAGUAAGUGCCUAAACGCCCAAGACCACGGCCCGGCCCACAUCAGCCCGCCUGAGUUCCUCCAGCUGGUCCAACACCAGCUCGCCACGGACCGCGGCCGCGACGCCGACUGUACGCCGCUCCACCUGUCCGGGUCGCGUGGGUCCCUCUUCAAGGUUCGCCUGUCGUCUCACGGCUACACGCUCGUCGCCAAGGGGGUCGAGGAUCUCGACCUUAUCUGUCUGCAACACGAGCAGGACAUAUACGACCGACUACGGACCAUCCAGGGAAAACACGUGCCUGUUUGUGUCGGCACCGUUGACCUAGUGCUACCGUACUACUAUAACUGCGGCGUCUACGUGCGUUUCAUGUUCCUCAGUUGGGCUGGACAGCCGCUGCAUCGCUCCCCGGAGCAGCUCGCCAAGACGGACAUGGACGCAGCCGUCGGCACCAUUUUUAAGGCGCUGCACCGGCUGCGUGUCCUUCACCGCGACGCCGAGCCGCGGAACAUAGUGUACAACGCCGAGGCAGGCAGGCUCAUGGUUAUUGACUUUGAGCGCUCCGAGUACUUUAGGCGCCAGCCUCUGGGGUCCGUCGUGGCGAACGCGCAGGGCUGCGAAAGAACUCGUGCCGGGCUGGAGAAACCGAAGCAGCAAAGGGACGACUUUGCGAGGGAGCUGGCCUCUGUCGUGAGAAGCACCGCGCGCUACGUCGCCGACUUGGCUCGCGAGCAGCAGCGCCGGGCUUGCAGAAGACAGUCAGUUGGAACACCACGUCUUGGCUUUGAAAGACAUCGACAGUGA